ACCUUGUUGCUGACGUGGCUCGCGGAGAUGGUCGUGUGAGGAACGCCGUUAACGGCGCUGCUGUCCAAAUUGAGGCGCGGAGUGAGGACGCGUCUGUGCACCUAGGUCAUGGCACGAGGGGAAGGAGGUGGCGGCGGCACAGGCAGCCUUGGCGGCGCGGUCACCGGAGAAGACGGCGAUGCCGGAAGUUGUGCCGACGGCGGUGGAGAUUGUAGCGGAGGCCCAGGUGGCGGCCAGCUGCCCCGUUGCAAUUUGGGAGAGGAGGGGGAGAUCUGCGGGAGCUCGAACCCGCCCGGCUCCUACUUGCAGCUCCCGCCGGCGGCGAGCACCGUCGCGCUGUUGAUGGCACCGGAGAGCUCGCGGUGGACCACUCCUGCCGCUAGUUACAGCUUGGAUGACGAAGUGUGGUCAGUCAGAUUGGAAUUUGAGGGUAGUGAACACAUGGUGAUGAAUAUUGGGAAGUCUGACAUCACGUUGCAUUUGCUAAAUUUAAUUGAGAGAAAGGGCUAUGGAAUUAGAGAUUCCAUGUACUGUUUGCUAGUAGAUACAAAUGGUGUGCCAGGGUAUGAGUUGUUAGAUGGAAUGGGUAAGGUGCUGCAAAUGUUGGGAAUAUAUGAGCAGAAGCAUGCAGUUACAGUCAUAGUUAUGAAGGGAAAGAAUAAGCCAACGUCUAGCAUGAUCAGUGCUAUUGCUGUUGAAAAUUCUUAUUCACUGUAUGAUGAUGAAUUGUCAUACCUUGGCAGCAGGCAGAAUAUUUGUGUUGAAGAAAACAAGGCAGAUUGUUUAUCAAAUUCGGAUGAGGAUUUGUUUGCUCAAGAUUAUGAUACACAACUUAGGGAAGAGAAGAUUGAGUUGAGCCAGAAGUUAAUAGAGAUGAAAAAGAGGAGGCAACAACCGGAUGAGCAUAUAGAAGGAGAUACAGAUGUUGAUGACCUUUUCUGUCAUUCAGACAGUGAUGAUGAUGGCAGUUGUUUCAUUCAGAUGGUCCUCCCAGAGGAUGAGCCUAUGCAAGAGAAGAGGAGGAAGCUGACUCCUGUUAGGAAAGGGCCAACAGAGAGGGCACAUUGCAGUUCACAUAUAUCCGAACCUGCAUGCUAUGUGCCAUCUUCUGAUUCUGGCUCAGAUGGUGACCUUAGAGAAGAAGAUGAUGAUGGAGCUGCAAUGUCUCGGGCAAGUGCCUAG